GCCGAAAAAAACGUGCUAAAUGUGACAUUGGUUUUCUCGACUCGCAUCUACAAAGUCAGAAGCUAUACUGGAUUAUAGCAGGGCGAUUUAUUAAAUGGAUUGCAUAGCAACAUGUCUGUUUUCUAUAAGUUCCGAUUAAUAUUCGCAGCUAAGCGAUAUGAGCUUGCCAGUCGACUCGCUUCACCAUUCAGUACGACAACCAGAACGUUGAUGUCUAUAUAAGGUGCGCAUAGCAUUUCCAAAAUUAACAAAGGCUAUAGAACUUGAAGAGAAGCUGCAAGUCAUUGAAAACUUCACUGACUAAUUGGCAAGUGUGAUGAGUGUCUCCUGUGAUUGGUGCUUGAUCGUGGUGACACUGUGAUUAUUUUGAAUGGUACCCAAGCCAGCAACACCCCGUCUGACGCAGUUUGACGAGCUUUAUUAUGUGUGAUGCUAACUUGGAAAUCCCUGUCAGCAACGUGGUUCAAAGAGGACGGAAAGUAGCUGUGGAGGUCCAAGCGAGAGCGCGUGGCACUGGCGCCUUCAGGUUGAUUGACAGGUCUGUAGCCCAUUGGGAGCAGAGCUCCUCCCCCGUGGACAAAAGCUCCAGGCUGGCGCAGCCAUCCCACUCGUACGACACAGAUGCCAACUCCAGCGGCAAUGACUCUGCUGAGCGAGAGUGUUGCGAUCACGUGGGACAGGAGACCUCCACCUGCAGCUCACACAAUGGGAAAGACUCAGCCAUGGAGACCACAGAGAGCAAGAGCUCCCAUAGUCACUCUCUGGCCAGCAGCUCGGCCGCCUACAGCCUGCUGAGCGGUGGCUCCGAGCGGGACCAGCCGUCCACCAGCGGCUGCAGCAGCGAGCGGCCCGCCCGGUCGCAGACGCAGAAGGAGCUGCUCCGGGCUCUGCGCGAGCUGAAGGUGCGCAUGCCCCCCGACCAGUGGGCCAAGGACCGCUCCAGCACGUUGGCCUCGCUGCAGUACGCCCUGAAGUGCAUCAAACAAGUGCGGGCCAAUCAGGAGUAUUAUCACCAGUGGAGCAUCGAGGAGAACCAAGGCUGCUGCCUGGACCUGUCCGCGUUCACCAUCGAAGAGCUGGACAACAUUACCUCCGAGUAUACGCUGCGGAACGCGGAUACGUUCUCCGUGGCGAUAUCCUUCCUCUCAGGGAAGGUGGCGUACAUCUCCCCUCAGGUGUCGUCUCUGCUGUGCUGUAAGCCAGAGAAGCUGCAGGGGGCACUGUUCUCUGAGCUGCUGGCUCCUCAGGACGUCAGGACCUUCUACAGCGGCACGGCCCCCUGCCGCCUGCCCCGCUGGACCCCCUGCACCCGUGCUGUCUCGACGGUGGAACGCGCCCCGGAGAAGCCCGUGUUCUGCCGCCUCAGCGGGGGACGGGGGAGUGGCGGCGAGGCGAAGUACCGCCCGUUCCGCCUCACCCCGUACCAGCUGAGCCUGCGCGACUCGGACACGUCCCAGCCUGAGCCGUGCUGCCUGCUCAUCGCCGAGAGAGUACACUCCGGCUACGAAGCACCCCGUAUCCCAGCCGACAAAAGGGUCUUCACUACCAGCCACACCCCGGGUUGCCUGUUCCAGGAGGUCGACGAGAGGGCCGUGCCAUUGCUGGGGUAUCUACCUCAGGACUUGAUCGGGAACCCUUUGCUCAUGUACCUGCAUCCAGAGGACAGGUCCCUCAUGGUGGACAUUCACAAGAAAAUCCUUCAGUAUGCAGGUCAGCCCUUUGACCACUCACCCCUGCGCAUGUGUGCACGAAGCGGUGAGUACCUGACUGUGGACACCAGCUGGUCUUCCUUCAUCAACCCCUGGAGUAGGAAGGUGUCCUUCAUCAUGGGACGCCACAAAGUACGAACGACUCCCUUGAACGAGGACGUGUUCACGGCAGUGGCUGAGGGUGCGGUGAGGACCAUGUCCCCGGAGGUGGCCCAGCUCAGUGAGCAGAUCCACCGGCUCCUGGCGCCACCCGUCCAUGGCUGCUGCGCCCUGGCCUACAGCAGUGUGGGCAGCAUUGGCUCCCAGGAGCGCCAGGCCAGUGGCCCCGACUCCAGUGAUGGAAACGCUGUCCCCGCCAGGGAACCCCCGAACACUGGCAGGGUGACAUGCGAGGAUGUGCACAUGGAACAGAGCAGCCAUCAGCCGGUGCCCACAGCCUCCCGCAACAGGGCCCUACCCUGCAAAACCACCUGCUCAGGAGAUAUGAUGAAGCCUGCUGGUGCAGAGAGCACUUCCAGAGAGAGCCAGCAGGUGGCAGCCCUUGGCCCCAAAUCACAGGUUUCCACAGAGCUACCAGGAAAAGGGCUUCCUGUCCCCUACUCGUACCAGCAGAUCAACUGCCUGGACAGCAUAAUCCGGUACCUGGAGAGCUGCAACGUUCCCAACACGGUGAAGAGGAAGUGUGGCUCCUCCUCCUACACCACCUCCUCCACCUCUGAUGAGGCCAAACACAGAAAAUCAGCUGGAGCAGGUGAAGACAUAGUGAACACCCUGGAGGUGGCAGAGGUGUCGAAGGUCAUCCCCAUGGAGUCCACUCACUCUCUGACUCCCCUGGCUCUGCAUUGCAAGGCAGAGAGUGUGGUGUCCGUCACGUCCCAGUGUAGUUUCAGCAGUACCAUUGUCCAUGUCGGGGACAAAAAGCCCCCAGAGCCGGACAUUCUGAUGACGGAGGAGUCCUUGAGCCCCCCUGCGCCUCCUGCUGCUGCUCCCCAAAACUGCACCACAUCGAUGCCUGCGCGGGUGGCCCCACAGCCGGCCAGCUGUCCCGGCGCGUCACCUACGGAGACGGAGGGUAGGAGAGGCGGGGGCGGGGUUCCCCGGUUGGGCCUCACCAAGGAGGUGCUGACCAAUCACACUGAGCGGGAGGAGCAGACCUUCCUCAGUCGGUUCUCAGACCUGAGCCGGCUGUGUGUGACCCAGCCCAGCACACCUCCUCGCAGGCACACAGCCGUGCCCAGGGUCAAAGGUAUUCGGAGCACCCAUGACAACCCAGUAGGUGGUGGUAGUGGGCGGCGGCGGGGCAGAAGAGGUAAAAGAAUCAAGCACCAGUCCGAGGGCCCCUUCCCCAACACCCAGUCGCUGCCCACACCGGGGGCAGAGGGGCCCGGCGCCUCAAACUCCACCUUCCCCUGGGCCAGUCCCACCAUCUCUCAGGCUCACGGACCACCCAUCCCAACUCCUUACCCUCCAGGAUGUCUACCCUUCUACCCCCUUUUCCCUCCUUUCCCUGCCCCCCCGGUGGACGCCGACCCCAGGAUGGAGACGGGCAGCCUGGGCUCCCCGACAGGCCCCAGGUUCCCCACGCAGGCCUCCCCAAUCCUGCCUGCCACGGCCGCUCGCCCGGUGCUGGCGUUCAUCCUGCCCGGCUGCGUGCUUCCGCAGCUCACUGCGUACGUGCAGCCGCACGGGCAGGACAGAGCCGAGCCCGCCCGACUCAGCCGGCUGCCGGCCCACUUCGGCCCCGCGGUGGGUCAGGCGGCCCCAGACGCCCUCCCGUUCCACCCCGGCACGGGGCAGUUCUGCCCGCUAGCCUCCCAGCUCAGUCCUGCUCCUGCUCAGCUAGCCAUGCCGCUGCAGUUCUGCAACCCCAGCGUUAUGACCCAAAACGGAGCUCCCGAAGCCCCAAACCCUGCUACAGCCAUCUCUGCCCCGCCCCCUCGUGGCCCCUCCCACUCCAGCUCUCCUCCAUCCACCAGUCAGCUGGUGGAACAUGAGGGGGCGGGGUCUCCUCUUUUCAACUCCCGAUGUUCCUCACCUCUGAACCUGCUACAGCUCGAGGAGUUCCCAAGUAACCGCAAUGAUGUCACACAGCUGACCCCGCCCCCAGGGGGAUGUCUCACACAAGGGGUACAGACUUCUGUGACUUGCAGCAGCUCCAAGGAUAAUACCGAUGUCAACGAGUCCAACCAGGACGCCAUGUCCACCUCGAGCGACCUGUUGGAUCUGCUGCUUCAUGAGGACUCACGCUCCGGCGCAAGUUCAGCUGCCUCCGGCGUGGACUCCUCGGGCUCCAACGGCUGCAGCGUGGCGGGAAGCCACGGGCCAAGCUAUGGAAGUAGUAACACCAGCAAGUACUUUGGGAGUGUGGAGUCAUCGGAGAAUGACCAAGGACACAAAGUGGCCUCGGGCGACUCAGGAGAGGAGCACUUCAUGAAGAACGUCCUCCAGGACCCCGUCUGGCUCAUCAUGGCCAACACGGACGAGAAAGUGAUGAUGACAUACCAACUGCCGAGCAGGGACAGAGACGCAGUCCUGCGGGAGGACAGGGAGGCUCUGAGGCGCACGCGCCUCCAGCAGCCGCACUUCACGGACGAGCAGUGCCGAGAGUUGAGUGAAGUCCACCCCUGGUUACAGAACGGCUUCCUCCCCUCUGCCGUCAGCAUCUCGUCCUGCAGAGGGUGCGGCUCCCCUACAGAGGCUGCGCCACCCCCACCCCCACCCCCACCCCCACCCUUUGACCUCGAGCUCGCUGAGAUGGAUCUCUCCGGAGAUCUACGGGAGCAGGGCGGCCCCCUGACGGGACCAGUGGCCAGCGCCGUCGUCCCGGACGGCGAGCGGUAUGCGGAGACGAAGCGGAGGCAAGGUGAGGACAGCAAAGCUGGAUCCAGCCGUCCGCACAAAGCAUCCUGGGAUGCCGAGACCACUUCCUCGGGGGAGCUGCGCUGUAGAGAGUCGUGACGGGCUCGGGGACGCAGCCUGUGCUGCACGCACAACACUGCUGUUUCGCUUGCUUGAACUGCAGUAAAUGAAAUAAUUGCACUGCAUUCUCUAGGAAGACAGAAAAAUAGCAAAAAAAAAAUGGCUUACUUUGAGGAAGGAAUGUUUAUGUUAAGUUUUCUUUUCAAAAGUCACUUUCUUUUUUUGUGCAAUUUGCAUGUUUGGUCAUGUGUUUUAUUAUAAUAAUUGCAAGUACCAAAGACCUGGUUUACUGUUCAAAAUAAGCAUAUCUUAGUUGAAAUGAAAUUAUGCAAGAACGUAUGAACUGUGUGUGCCUGAUCUAGGUAAAGUCCGGUCAAACACAAGUGGAUUUGCUGAAGAGCUUGCCAAUGUGUACAUACGGGACAGUCCUGUUUGACAGGGCGCUUCCAUAAAGAUCAGAACACUGCUUGAUCGCUGAGACAUGCUGACCAAAGCCCGCAUUAGUGCGUUCAUUCUGCUCCAGUUUUUGCACAUUGUAUUAUUUUUGUAUCUCUCUUACAUUAUUGUGAUAUUUGUGUACUUGUUUUUUGACAAAAGAAGACAAACCAAACUAAAAACCUCCAAUUUGUGAGGAGCUGACCUGCCCGUUCCUAUGGUAACGCAGCUAUCUUAUUGGAGACGCGUUUGAACUUGUCUCUACGUACAGGGAAAACCAAACAGAACCCAGCGUGCCUGAGAUUCAGAGCGGCUUCCAAAGAGUUUAUUUCCUUCUCAGGGUGUGUUUGCUGGGGACCUUGUCAAGCUUGCCUCACUAAGCAUUCGGUUUACUUUACAGGCGUAAUAUUUAGGAGUUUUUUGCACCACAUCUCUUCCAUUUGCCAGUGGCAUGCAUGCAAAUCAGUGUUUCAAUAAAGCUGCACUGCAAAGGAUUUCUCAUUGAUUUUUCAGUAAUAAAAGACUUAUGAAAGGAAA